GCUAAACAAUAUGGCGGCCAGUUCAUAAUUAUCUUCUUUUUGUCCUCUAAAAACACAGUAAAACGAUGAUGCAAGCUGCUCGACCAGCAACAGUUUUAGAAUAUGGUUCUGUUCCAUCCAGUGGCAAGUGGACUUGGAAAGAAGAAACAGCCACCUUGGAAUUUAUAAGUAACAAUCCAAAUGCGGACAAAUUAGAUAAAAAGAAAAGAGGCCAGAAGGGUGGAGGACAUCAUUUGAUGGACUUUGGCUCAAAACGAAAUGACAGAAACACACCGAGCUUAGUGAACAGGCCAUAUGGGCAACAAGCCCGACCACGGGCGCAUGGUCUUCAAAAAUCAGCAAAGGCAAAACAAAAACAGUCUGAGGAGGAACAGUUUGUGACAUUAGCUCGAGUCAAAGAUGUAGCCUAUGACAUGCUCUCAGAGGUCGAAUCAGUAGCGCCAGCUUUUGACGAUCUUUUCAGCACAGAACAGUUUGAUGAAUUCCUCGUUUAUCUCAUCAACUAUUUCCAGUGUUUUUUUGAGAAGGUCGCCCACGAGAAUAAACCAAAUCCUAUGAACAUUGAGCCUAGUGUUGCAGAAUUAAAGUAUUACGAGAAUCUCUGUCAGAGAGUGGAGGUCGCCCAGAGACAGAUUGGUCAGACGUAUUGCAUCCUUGUACUGGGUCUUGGCUUGGAGCCAUUCCAUCAUAUGGCUUGUGGAUUCUCACGAGUGUCGGCCACUUACACCGAUCGGAAUAUGUAUGAGACCAUCUACUCUUUCUGCUCUUUCGUUGUGUGGAUUUCGUUCAAACGUAAAGAGUACGAGACAAUUAGAAAGGAAGUGGGAAGGAUCCUGAGGUCAGACACAUUCAACCCAGCAAUUCGGGUAAAGAAUGCACCUGAUGAACCCAAAGUAGCAGAUCCAAAUGAUGAUAAUAAAGAAAAUAAUGAGAAUAAAGAAAAUCCGUAUCCAUUUCUUGAUGAUGACGAGCAUAGGUUUGGAGAAGAAAAGGAAGAAGCUGAGAAAAAGGAGAAGAAAUCUGCCGAACCUGUGGAGAAAUUGACCCCUGCAGAAUAUAGACGUCUACAUCCAAAAAGACCAGCAAUCAAGAGUAUUAUUCACCAAAGAUCACCAGCCGUCGUUUCGAUUUUACCAUCACCAAAAGAAGAGGCGAACUGGUUGUUCAGACGAACAGGAGCACUCUCUCCAACUGCAUUGGCAAACAUCAAUCGUGAUGAACUGACAGAAGAGAACAUGAAUGACAACCAGGAGCUACCAAGAAUCAAUUUCAAAAGAUUCAAGGCUGGUAUAAUCGGUGAACCGCUGAGUCAGUUCAAUAAGAUGACCUUGACACCCCUGGGCGCGGAGAAUGAAGAGGGGGAGGAGGAGGAACACAGUGGGGAGAGAAGAGGGUCAGGCAUUACGAGAUCUCCAGAUAUGAGUCGACAACCUACGGCGCUAUCUCAUGCUACAACUGAGGCAUUCUCUGAUGAGGAUGAGGAAUGAUGACUUGACCACAAUUGACAUAAUUAUCUGCCAACUCAAAGACAUCUGGUUGUUAUUUUUGUAUUUCUGUAUUGCUGCACAAACAUUAAACAACCAAAGUUGUUGAAAGCUAAUUUUGACCCCAGAAUCAUACCUUUACAAUUUAUGCUUGAAGAUUCGAAUUCAAAGUCGCAUGUCUGCAUGUUCUCAUAUCGCUUCAGAGUGGAGGGCCUACUUAAGAUAUCACAAUGUCUUGAUUUUCACCAAUAUGAUGUGUAUGUUUGUAACACCAGCAUGUUUUGGAGGACGCUAUUUGUCAGUGGUCUCCGAUGUGAACAAUCCGUUUGAGUUUGACCUUUCACCACAAUAAUUCGAGUGAUCACCACAGUAAGUUAUAAACAAAUACAUGUACCAUAAUUCCAUCCAAUUUUAAAUUUUUGUCCAAUGCCAUGCAUAUGAACUAUGCCCAGUGAUGAAAUUUCCAAAUUUUCAGAGGAAUCUGUGAUAAUGAAAUAGUAUACACUUUUUCAAAUGUAAAUAAAAU